AUGAUGCGCCGUUUUGUCGAAGGAAUUAAGCAGAUCAUCAACAGCAAGGUACGGCGCCGAAAGUUUGUCUACCUUUUUCGCCACUACUUGCUGUUUCUGCUAGUCGUUUUAUGCCUGUUGGGUGCAUAUCUCCUACGAACCCGUAAGUUCUACCUUGAUUUAUAUUAUUUAUGAUACCGCGACAUAAAAGCGCUUCUAAAAUUUAUGAUUCCAGAGAUAAACGAGAUUAUUUGAUGCGCAAACAAAUAAAAUCACGCUUGCAACGCGAAACAAAAAUACUUUAGCGUAAAAAAUACGUCAGCGAUGAUAUAUUUUACAUACAGAUUUAUGUUUUUUUAUUUGUCGCAGGGUCUACCCGUUACGGUCGAGCUGCCUUUGAUGAUGUCAAUUUUGUUCGUUCCGCCUACCGAGUCGAUGAUUCCACCAUAAGAAUUGUGUUUGUUCGAUCUAUGAAUAAUUUGUAAGUUCACGUUUUCUUGUUCAAUUUAUGUUUUAGCCACAAUUUGACAUAUGAAUAUGGGAAGAAGAAAGGUCGAAUCCGCUUGGAAUGCCAUAAUGAGCACUGUCCCGAUCCCUUUUCUCCUCCUUGUCGGCUAAAUGGUUACGUCGGGAUCAUUAACGACCUUACCAAACAAGAUUAUCAGUCUUAUUUGGUAAUUUUCUCUGAUUUGAACAUGGAAGACCCAUUGUUUAUUAAUGUUCAGUAAGUUUGCUGUAUUUUUUUCUCAUUUGCUCAGGAAUGCCAGAAAUGUUGAUCUUCCGAAGCACAAGCUGGGUGUUUGUGUCCAGCCUAUCUAUCUCCACACGGAUUUCUCAGCUCUGGUCCAAUUUUUCGAGUUUUGGCUUUCUGAAAAUGCGACAAAAUUUUAUGUAUACCGGGAGAGUUAUACCAAGGAAGUGGGAGAACUCCUUCAGUUUUAUGCGUCCCAAAAAGGAAUUCAAGUGGAUUUCAUCGACUGGUCGUCCCUGCCACUGAUCGAAGAAGACUCAUCUGAUUCGAGAAAUCCCAACAGAUAUUGGUUCAGACUGGAAGUUUUUAUGGCCAUCUUCGAUUGCGUUCAUCGGGCCAGGUAUGAUUUUUUAUUGACAAGGAAAGUACCCCAAUUGCGACGCUCAGAUUUUCUUUAGAUUUUGCACUCACUUCAGGCAUAGGUUAAAUAUAAAUUUCUGAAAAUUUUAGCUCGCGAUUUGCAAGUGCCGCCGAUAUAUUGAACGAUUUUUGCCGCCGAGAGAGUAUGCGAAACACAGAGAGUGGUCAGAGAGGAAAACGUUUUUUGACCAUAACUUUGCCAGUUUCGUGCGGAGAAAAAUUACUUUUUGUGGAAACAUUACCCUCUAGGGCAGAAAUAGGUAUGAAACUUUCCGUGCCGUAAUUUGGCAAAAAAUGUCGAAUUUUUGCCGACUUUCGUUGUUUCUGCAAAGCCCAAGCUAGGAUUCUCGCAUAUUUCUUUGAAAAAAUUAUUCUAAAUUUGUGCCAAGUUUCAUCCAAAUUUGAGCGUUGCACUUGGGCUACUUCUCCAGUAGGUUUUUAAACUUACUGGGGUUAACGUUUUUAUACAUUAAAAUAUAUAAACACGUUAUUGUAAUUUACACAGCUUAUUUUUAGAGGAAAUGUCAAGUAUUUGGCUCAAACUGACCUGGAUGAGAUUAUAUACGUCGGAAAGGACCGCUCGAUAAUCAAGUUCAUGGAUAUUAUGGACAAACAAGAACCGAUGAUGGCGUCGGUGUCUUUCAGAAGUCAGAGAGUACAAGUAAUGGUAGGGUUAUCCUGGCUUUUAGAUAUAUUUUUAGAACAGCACGUGGGCUGUCGCUCAGAAUCCAUCGGAAUUGUCGUUCACUAAUCUCGAUGAGAUUAUCCUCGAAGAUCGUGUUUUCAAAAGGCCGCUUUACGCAAAAAUGAUCUACAGACCAGAAAGGGUAAGGCGUCUCGGAAUUAGCAAGCCUUUUCUUCAGGUGUUCCAUGUCCACAUUCAUCGUCAGUUACAAACUGAGAGGAUUCCGGGCACCGAUACCUUUUACAAGCACGUCAAUAUUGCCCCCGAAGGUGGAGUUGUUUUACAUAUCAGAAGAUUAAAAGACAUGUAUCCUUGGACGAAUGCUUACAAUUCGUCGAUCCUGAUGGAUACAGCCGAACGAAUGGAGAAGAAUUUCCAAGAACGUAUUUCCAAUUACACGUUCGGUGGGUUUAUUAAAUAUAUUUGCUUAGUUAUACUGUUUUAAUAAAAUUAACGCCGAAUGACGUAAUCUGAUUAUUUAGGUAUAUCGGAAUGGACAAAUUACGGGUUUACUAUCAAUGAACAUAUUGAGAAAUGUCGUCAGAGCAUGAACAGGAAUCGUGACCAUGCUUGUCAUAAUAUAUGGGAUUGUGAUAAAACUGUUACAAGUAUCGAUUGGGUAAGAGUCCCCAAUUGCUGGCUGACCGUCUGA